ACAGUUGAUGACGCAAAGGCCGCGAGCUUCGCCGCUGCUCACAAGAUCGCCAGCUCUUCGGGUAACGGCCUUUUCUUCAGAAGAAACAACAAGGCACCCGAAGCGGCGGCUGGAUAAAGCGGAGUGCGGCCGCGGGGAGAUGCGGCGCCCGGGCAGUUGAACAGCUUUCGGAAAGCAUUGACCAUAAAAGGAAGAUUGGGAACAAUUAACCUGCCUUAGAAGCGACUGAAUAAUUUCAGAACAUUCUGCAGAUCCAGAUUAUAUAACCAACACAAUGAAUGCAACAAAACAAUUAAAACAGAAAACAAUUGACAACUCAUUUCCGGGAACAAGGAAGAAAGGAGGAAAGCAUGGCAGAUAUGAAGCUAACCCAAUGGUUUUAAUGCCUGCAGCUCCCAAAGAAACCAUUACACAGUAUUCUCUGAGUCUUACCUCAGGAAACAAAGAUAGAAUGUUUGAUGAAAUGGAUAUGCUUAGGAAUAUUACAACACAUCUAAAUGAGAUUGUACAUACAAUGGAAGGUGUCUAUAUAAAGGAAGGUGAAGUUAAAGAAAGUAAAGAAGAGGAGGAGGAGGAGGAAGAAGAACUACCUGAAGAUUAUGAAGAUAUGACUUCUUUCCUGAUAUGUUGUUCACAACUUAGGACACAAUUGGAAAAUGCACUUCGUGAAGAAAAGCAGAUAUUAGAGUCGUUGCUUAAGUGGUUUGAAAAGGAGGUCCAUGAGAUGGAAGAGUUAGGUGAGGAAGAAAUUAUCCCAGACUGGCAAGUUCCUCUAGCAGAUAAAAGCAUAACAAAUAAUAUCAAUCAGUUACUGAAUCGCAUUCAAAGACUUGAAGAACUAAAAGGCCGUGUUCAAGAACUACCCAAACUUAUUCAGAUUUCUAUACCUAAACAGGAAAAGAAAAAAGCAGUAAGCCCAACACCUCCCACUCCAAAAGAUCCAAAAAAUAUAAUUGAAGAACUUGCUACAAGACAUUUAACUGAAGAUGUGAUGAAUAUGGUACAGGUUUUCCAAGAAGAAUCAGGACAACCACAAACAAUUGAGAUGAUGAACAAUCGCAUGAUAGAAAUAAUGAAAGUAUUUGAAAGACAAACAAACAAGUUACACAGAGUUGUAAAUGAACAGGAUGUGCUGGAAGGUAAAUUACAGAAAAUUCAGCAAGAAUUUCAAAAGCUAACAGAAGAAAAAGAAAUAAUGGAGGAUGAACUUCAAAAAAUGAAAACUUCAGAGCAAGUUAAAGGAAUACCAGAGACAAGAAAAAAAAUAUUAAAACUGGAGAGGGUGAAAAUUGAAGAGAAACCACAAGUUCCUUCAGAAAAGGCUCAAGUAACACAGAAACCAGAGUCUGGUUUUGGAAAGGAAAGAGACCAUAUACAAAUGAAAGAAGAUUUAAAUAAAGCUCAGGAAGACAUUCAGUCCCUUCAGGAAGAGAAGAAAAUGCUUGAGGAGCAGCUACAGAAAGCUUUACAGGAAGUUGAAAAGGCAAAGAUCCAACUUGCUGAAAUACCUCCAACUAUUCCAGACUGGCAGUUUCCUUUAUCAGCAGGUGUGGAAGAGUUACCAAAGAAAGGCAAGAAAACAUCAAAAGGGAAAGCUAAAGAUGAAGUGCUUCCACGCAAAAGUCAGGAACUUUCUAAACAAAAAGGAUCAGCUGGUGUUACAGAAAAGCUUUUAAAACCGACUUCCCAACCUGAAGAUACUGAUAAAAAAAAGGAAGAAACUAAGAAAAUAAAAUCUGAGAUGGUUGAUUCCAAAGAUGUGCCAAAAGCCAAAGAUUCUUCUGAAAUGAAGAAGCGACGUCUGAAGGGCGCAGGGAAUGAUGUAUCUAUAGAAGAAAAGCAGCAAUUGCCUGAUUCUGCAAAAGAUGAGGAAAAAAUAUUGCCAGUGAUUUUAGAUAAACAUGUAGAAAUGCUUCCACCAGACUCAAAAAGCCUGAAAGAAGAAAUUGCUAUAUCUCCUCAAGAACAUGUGCCAAGUGCUAAACAGAAAACUUUGCAAAUUACUCCAGAAUUCAAAAUGAAGGAUACAACUGAACUUAAGCCUUUAACACUGCAAAAAGAAAUUCCAAGACGUGACAUAGACUCGGUAGAACUUCAAAGAGAGGAGGAAAGUCACCACUUGAUCAGUAAAAGCAUGCUUCAGUUAAAAGAUCAUUUGACUAAACUAAAGGGAAUGCCUGAAGCUGAAACUUUAGCGAAACUCUUGCUUGAGUCUGACAAAGGAAAAUUGCCAGAGAGACAAAAACUUGAGUUACUUCAAAUGCUAAAUCAUCUGGUAACUCCGGAUGAAAUACAGCAAGCUGUGCAUAUAGAUGAAAAAGAGAAAGAUGAAAAAAAAAGAACUUUGCUUGCAAAUAUAGUAUCGGUUAUUAGACCUUUAUUGCAAGAGCAGCCUCCCAAAGCUGAUCUUUCAGAGAAAGAAAGAAAUGAUCUGGCAGAGGAAAGAACAAUCUUGUUUUCAAUCCUAGACUCACGUUUAAAAGAUUAUCAGAAAAUUACAAAACAUGAAAACAUUGAAGCAGAAAUUAGGAAGCUUUCAGAAGAAAGAACCCAACUACGUGCAAAUGUGGAAUUAAAUAUGAAAGAUUUGGAACAAGCCCGGGCGCUUGCAUCUUCCCAGCCAUCAGAAAUUAAUGAGAACAGAGUAAAAGAACUGGAAAAACAAGGGGCACUAUUAGUUGAUAAUCUGGAGGCAAAUCAAGAAGAACUUGAAAGUGCUAGAUUCCUUGAAGAGAAGAAGAUUGAUAAACUGGCAAAACAGAGCCUAUCUUUGCUUGCAAUUUUGAAAUCAAAUAUAAAGGAGCUAGAAGAAACUGAGGCUCUUGCAGCUACCGAACCAAGCAUUAUUACUGAUUUAAAAAUAAAAGAAUUAACUGAAUUAAGAAAUGAAGUGGCUGAGCAUUUAGAGCAUAAUUUGCAGAAUAUCGAAAGGGCAUGGUCUCACGCUCCAGGACUCACAAUUGAAAGCAGACUUAAAGAAGAGGAAUUAGAAGAAUUGCAUGAACUAUCCGAACUGAAGCAACAGUUACUGGAAUCACUGGAAUCUAAUCAGAAAGCGCUACAAGAAAUUCAAGAACUUGCAGCUGCCCAGACUUGCAGUGACAAUGAGCAUAGGUUACAGGAAUUAAGUGAGCAAAGAAGCCAUUUGACCAUAGAACUGGAAGCAACAUUAGAUGGCAUACAAGAUAUAUGUCAUCGACCUGCAGAAAGAACUACAUUUAUACAACCUUCUGAAAAAGAAUUGUAUGAUUUACACAAACUAUCUGAAAAGAAGGGACAGUUACUUGACACAUUGGAGUCUAACUGGAGAGAGCUAGAAGAAGUUCAGGAACUUGCAGCUAUUCAACCCAGCAAUAUCACUGCACAUAAGCUGCAGGAGUUAACUGAGCAAAGAAAACAGGUGACCACAGAACUUGAAGCAACUCUAGAUGGUAUUCAAAAUAUAUGUCGUCAGACUACAGAAAUCAGUACAUUUAUACCACCUUCUGAAAAGGAGGUACAUGAGUUGUAUGAACUGUCUGAGAAGAAGCAGCAGUUACUGGAAGCACUAGAAUCUAAUCAGAAAGAGCUACAUGAAAUUCACGGGCUUGAGGCCACCCAACUAGGUAGCAUCAAUGCUUUUACAGAAUCUCAGUUCGGGACACCAUUCCAGACGUCCUCCGGGGAGGACGGGAACCACCGGAAGCCAGAGCAUAAGCUGCAAGUAUUAACUGAGCAAAAAAAAUUUUUGACUAUGGAUUUGGAGGCAACCCUGGAUAAUAUACAAAAUGUAUGUCGUCAUAGUUCAGAAAGAAUUACAUUUAUACAACCUUCUGAAAAAGAAUUACAUGAAUUGAAUGAAUUGGCUGGCAAAAAGCAUCAGUUAUUGAAAACACUGGAAUCUAAACAGAAAGAGCUGCAAGAAAUUCAGGAAUGUGCACCUAUCCAACCAGAUAGCGUUAGUGAGCAUAAAUUGCAGGAAUUAAAUGAGCAAAGAAGAAAUUUGACCAUCGAGUUGGAGGCAACUCUAGAUGGUAUGCAAAAUGUAUGUUGUCGUGCUUCUGAAAAAAUUGUUUUUAUACAACCUACUGAAAAAGAAUUAAAUGAGUUGCAUGAACUAUCUGAGAAGAAACAUCAGUUACUGGAAAUGCUGGGCUCUAAUCGGAAAGAACUACAAGAAAUUCAGGAACUUGUAGCUAUCCAACCAGGCAGUGUCAGUGAGCAUAAAUUGCAGGAAUUAACUGAACAAAGAAUAUAUUUGACCUCAGAUCUGGAAGCAGCUGUAUUUGAUAUACAAAAUAUAUGUCGUCAUGCUUCAGAAAGGACUAUAUUUGUACAGUCUACUGAAAAAGAAUUACAUGAGUUGCAAGAACUAACCAAGAAGAAAGAAGAGAUACUAGAAACACUGGAAUCUAAUUGGAAAGAGCUACAAGAAAUUCAAGAACUUGCAGCUACACAACCAGAUAGUAUAAGUGAAUAUAAAUUGCAGGAAUUAACUGAGCAAAGAAGACAUUUGGCCACUGACCUGGAGGCCAUUUUAGAUGAUAUACAAAAUGUAUGUCACUAUUAUUCAGAAAGAACUACAUUUAUACGACCUUCUGAAAAAGAAUUACAUGAGUUAUUGAUGAAGGAGCAACAGUUACUGGAAAAGGUAGAAUCAAAUGAAAAAGAGCUACAGGAUGCCAAGGCUCUUGCAACUACCCAGCCAGGCACCAUCAGUGAUUAUAAAGUACAGGAACUAACUAAGCAAAGAAGAUCUCUCAUUGCAAAUCUAGAGACAAUUACGCAUGAAAUACAAACAGAAUUUACAUCUGAAGGUGUUUCUAUUGUGCAUCCUGAUGAAAGAGAAUUAUAUGAGUUAUCUGGAAAAAGAGAAGAAAUACUGGCAAAGCUUGAAUCUGUUCAGAAAGAACUAGAUGAAGCUUCAGCUUCUGCAGCUGCCCAUCCUGGCAGUGUCAGUGAGCAUAUAUUACAUAAACUUUCUGAGGAAAAAAGACAUUUGAUUGAAGAACUAGGGCAAACUACGAUUAAUCUACUAAAAGCAAAGAGUGUUGCUUCAGAAAGAGGUAUAAUUGGAAAAUCUAUUGAAAAGGAAUUACCAGUAUAUGACCUAUUAAGGAAAAAGAAAGAAUUGCAAGAAAAGUUGAGAUCCAAUGAGAAGGAAAUAGAGGAAGCUCAGAUUCUUGCAUCCAUCCAUCCAGGCAUUAUCAAUGAACAUGCACUUCAAGAAUUGGUUGAGGCAAAAAGACACUUGAUUACAGAUUUAAAGGCAACUGUACACGAUAUUCAGAAGGCAGAACAUGCUUUAGAAAUGGCUCAGAUUGAACGACCUCGUGAAAUAAUUCAAAAAGAGAGAUCACUGAAUCACCUACUUAGAAAAAAGGAGUUAUUACAGAAACGUUUGGAUUCCAACUGGACAGAAUUAGAAGACAUUCAGGCUCUUAUAGCUCCCAAACCCGGAUAUAGCAAUGAGUAUAAACUACAAUUAUUAUCUGAUGAAAGAAGCAAUUUGUCUAAAGAGUUAAAGAAAGUUUUUCAGGAAAUAUUAGCAUUGCAGCAAGAUGCUUCAGAGAAAUUUCCAGAUAGACGUUAUGGAGAAAAAGAAUUAUAUACACUAUCUGAGAAGAAACAACUGUUAUUAGAAAAUUUAAAAAAGCUACAAGAAGCUCAAGCUCUUGCAGUGGCCCAACCUGGCGAUAUGGAUGAAAAUAAACAAAAGCAGCUAACUGAGCAAAGGAAACAUUUAACUGCAGAGUUAGAGACUAUAGUAAAGAAUAUUCGAAGAGUGGAACAUAGUACUUCAGAAAUACUUCUAGAUAUAAGAGCCAGUGAGAAAGAUCUACAUGACUUAUUAGAAAAGAAGUUUGAAAUAUUGGAAGAUUUGGCAUUCAAUCAAAAAGAGCUGCAGAAAAUUCAAGUUCUUGCAGCUGUCCACCCAGAUAGUACCAGUGAUUUUAAAUUGCAAGACCUUACUUCAAAAAAUAGGCAUUUAACUGAAUGUCUAGAAGCAACUGAACAAGAUAUACAAGAAAUACAUGAAAUACAAAUAACCUCUUCAGAAACAAUUAUUGUUACAAGACCCAGUGAUGAAAAGUUAUAUGCACUAUCUGAGAAGAAAGAACACUUACUAGAAACUCUGGAAUCUAAGGAGAAAGAAUUAAAAGAAGCUGAAACUCUUGAAAUUAGUCAACCAGGCAUUGUCAGUGCACAUAAACUACAAGAACUAAAUGAGCAAAGAAGACAUUUAAGUGUAGAACUAGAGGCAACUGUAUACGAUAUACAAGAAAUAGAAGAUCGUGCUUCCGAAGAAGCCUUAAUGAGAAGAUCUGAGGAAAUUAAACUGCAUAAGUUAUGUGCAUGGAAGAAGGUUUUAUUAGAACAUCUGGAAUCAAAUCUGGAACUACAAGAAGAAAUCCAGACUAUGGAACCAGAUAACACCACUGAAAAAAGGAUAGAGGAAUUACAUCAGCAAAGAAAGAUUUUAAUUGAAAACCUAGAAGCAGUUGUGGAAGAUAUAGAUGAUAUUAAAAGUUAUAUUUCAGAAACAGGAGGAAUUAUCAAAUAUGUUGAAAGAGAUUUGGAAACACUUCAUCAGAAGAAGCAAAUGUUUUUGGAAUGUUUGGAGAUAAAUUUAAACAACCUUCAAGAAGCACAGACUGUUGCAGUUACUCUUCCAAGCAGAAUAAAUGAACAAAAAAUAAUUGAUCUCACAAAUGAAAGAAAGCUUUUGAUUGCUGGUCUUGAAGCAGUUAUUCAAGAUUUGCAAGACAUGCAGGGUAUUACUAAAGAAAAAGUUAAAAAGUCCAAAAAACAGCUUUUGGAAGAACUAUGUGAACAAAAAGAAUUGUUAUUAGAAAAGUUGUCAUCAAAUCUGAAAGACUUGAAGCAAGCGCAGGCUCUUGCAGCUGCUCAGCCAGGCAGUAUUAAUGAGCAAAAGAUACAAGAAUUCAAUGAACAAAGAAGGCUUUUGUCUAUAGGUUUAGACGGAAUUGUACAAAAUAUUCAAAUUAUACAGAAUCUUAAAUCAAGCAAAACUGAACUAUUAACAUCUGGUGAAAUACAAAGAUUAUAUGAGAAGAGAAGGUUGUAUUUGGACAAUAUGGAAUUAAAUCUGAAAGAUUUGAAAGUUUUGCAGGGCGCUGCAGUUACUCAACCAGAUAAUGAACAGAUAAUGCAACAAUUAGCUGAGAAGAAAAUAAUAUUGUUUGACAAUCUGGAGGGAAUUAUUCAAGCUAUAGAACAAGAACAAAACUUAGAUUUAGAAAAAGGUUUGAAGAAAAGAUCUGAUGAGAGAGAAAUACAUGAGCUGCUAGUGUUUUCAGCACUAGAUUCAAAAUGUUAUGAACUGGAAGAAAUGGGAACUCUUCCCUAUAAUCAGCUGGAUGUUAUCAAACGGAAAGUGCACAAUCUAAAAGAACAAAGAAAGCGUUCAUUUGAUAGACGUCGUUUAGUUUAUCCCAAAGAGCAUCCAACAGAAAAUAUGCUUGAGAAGCAAAAAGAAGCACUAAAAGAAUUUCUCCAACAAAGAAAACAUCUGUUUUCAUAUCUGCGAUCAAGUAUUGAAAAUCUGCAACAAAAAAGCAUUGCUUGGCAAGAUAUGUCUGAUGAGAACAUAGCAAAACAAAGAUCUUUGGCUGCAAAAUUACAAGCAAAUAUGAGAGAUAUACAAGCUGCUUUUGAAAAAACACAGAAAAUAGAAAAGUCCAGAGUUGUUGAAUCAAGGCAACAAUUUCAACCACUAAUUAGUCAGAAGACUACUGUAACUCAACCGUCAUAUCACCAACUAUUGAUGGCAAAAGUUUCAUCUCUACAAAUAACCAAAGCUCCUAUGAUAAGACAUAUCGGACAUGAAGAGACAAGCCUAGACAGUGCAAAAUCAGAGGAAAGACCCAUCAGUUCUCUCCUAGAGCAGCGGAGCAGAAUUCUAGGAAGGGAAGUAGAUAUGUCAAGUAGAAGCAAACUUAUCCCACAGUCUUUGCAUAACAUAUCCAGUUUUUUUCCAUUUGAUAUCAGCAAGUUUUCUGCCGAUAUUGCAUUGCAUGAAUUACUGGAAUAUAACAGGACUCUGCUUCCAGGCCAUAAAGCAAAUCUGCGGCAUGCAUGGCAACUUGCACAGCGAAAGAUACUACAACAACAAGCUAAUCUUGCUGAAAAGUUCAGAGGCUUGUCAGUGUUUUUGCCUCAACCAGGUGGCACUACUAGGUUCCAAGAUUAUUCUGCCCAUCCUUUAAGACCAGCAUGGGAAGCAAACCAGUUAAGCCAAAAGAGCUACCCUCAAAAGCUGUCUUUGUUAAAGAGAAGACUAUUGGGACCAGAAAUAAAAAACAAUAUAAAAGGAGCCACUUCUUCAGCCUUUCAAGGACUAACUAAUCAAGUUCAAGAUGUAGAUUCAUUCAUUAUUUGUGGAAAAAGAUGCAGUCCUCCAAGAAAAGAUGGACCUUCUCCAGUUAUAGGGCAGAAUUCAAGAAGCCACUGAUCUAACUUUGUUUUUUGUUUUUUUGAUUAAUUCAUUAUGCAGCGACCUUGUAACUUUCAACUUUAUAACUGUGAUAAGAAAAAAUUAAGGCAUUCAUGUAUGAAUCUCUUUUGAGACCUGUGAAAACUGUAAUUUGUAGUGUAAUGGCAGUUAAAAUAUACGUAAACUGAACUACCAAA